UUCUCUCUACUCUCCAAUUAUUUUAUCUUUGCCAAGACAUCAACUCCCCAAAAAAACAAAACCAGUCCGGUUUCCAGUUUCAGCUUAGCUUUAAGGUAUCAAGCAUAUCUUCUAUUUCUACUUCACCCCUUUCUUCUCUCUCCUUUCUUCACCCACAUGAGAUGUGCCUUCCUUUUCCAACUUGUGUACUCUUCUUCUUCUCCUUCUUCUUGUUGUUGUCCUCCUCUCUGGAAGAGAUGCCCCAUCACUUCUACCACUUCUCUUACUUCUUGAUGCCUAGUAUCAUCAUUGUCUAGUUUUUACUGUGUUUUUUUUUUUUUUUGGGUUGUUGUUGUCUCUCUUUUUUUAUGGAUCUUGGGGUGGUGGGUUUGGAGGGGGUGGUGGGUUCAGAAAGUGGUUGUGUGUUUGGUUCUUCUCUUGUUUCAGAUCCUGAGACAAAGCACAAGUGGUACGGAUCUGGUUUGCUCAAGCAAGAGAGAUCUGCCAUAGCUACUGAAGAUGAUGAGUGGAGAAUUUCCAAAGUUGCUAAAACUGAUCAUGACAUGUCUUCAGCCUCCAAAGCAAUGCUCUUUCAGCAAAGAAACAACUCUUUGUUGAGAUCUAAUAAUGCAACUCUCUUCUCUGAUGGUCAUCACCAAUCACAAAUGUUGAGCUUCUCUUCUCCAAAGUCAGAUUCUUUGUUGAUAGAUAAGGCUUCCUCAAAUGCCACAUUGCCUUUUUCUUCCCACCAAUUGUCUAGCUACACCAGAAAUACAGGUUACAAUUCAGGAAGCAUAAGCAUGCAUGGGGCUUUGGCUAGUGUGAGAGGGCCAUUCACUCCAUCACAGUGGAUGGAGCUUGAACACCAAGCCUUGAUCUACAAGUACAUCACAGCAAAUGUUCCUGUGCCAACUCAUCUUCUCAUUCCCAUCAGAAAAGCACUUGAUUCUGUUGGCUUCUGCAACUUCUCAGCCGGACUCCUCAGACCCAACUCAUUGGGAUGGGGAGGUUUCCAUCUAGGAUUCUCGAACAAUACAGACCCUGAGCCAGGGAGGUGUAGGAGAACAGAUGGAAAGAAAUGGCGAUGUUCAAGAGAUGCCGUAGUAGAUCAGAAGUAUUGCGAGCGGCACAUGAACCGAGGACGCCAUCGUUCAAGAAAGCCUGUGGAAGGCCAAUCAGGCCAUGCCCUCACCACCACCACCAGUAAUACACCUAAUGCUUCCUCCAACUCUGUGGUGCCUGGCAACAACAACAACACCUUUGCACACAACAAUGUGCACCACCCUAUUCCUCCUCAUUCCUCUCCGGUCAACACCAUCACUAGGAUGUUUACAAGCAACAAAGAGAAUAAUAACAGUACCAGUGAGAGGAUGCAGGACCCUGCACUUCCCAUGCUUCCUCCCACUCUUGAGCUGAAACCAAAGGAGAACAAUCCUUUCAUGAUUCAUAAACACCAAAUCCCAUCUGAUGAAUACUCAAGUAGGAACAACAAUGAGUUUGGGCUUGUCACUUCUGAUUCUUUGCUUAACCCCUCAGAGAAAAGAAGCUUUACUUCUUCACAAAAGAAUGAUUCUUCUGAGUCCCAACAACAACAUUCCCUCAGGCACUUCAUUGAUGACUCUCCCAAACCACAGUCUAAUCAUCAUCAUCGUUCGUCGUCUAUAUGGCCUGAACUUGACAACAUGCAGUCAGACAGGACUCAGUUAUCAAUCUCCAUACCAAUAUCUUCCUCAGAUCACUUCAUGUCAUUCACUACUUCCUUGCCCUCGAACGAGAAACUCACGUUGUCACCACUUAGGCUUUCAAGGGAGUUAGACCCCAUUCAAAUGGGGUUGGGAGUGGGAAGUGCCCCCAAUGAAGCAAACACUAGGCAAGCCAAUUGGAUUCCAAUCACUUGGGAGAGUUCAAUGGGUGGUCCUCUUGGAGAGGUUUUGAACCUUAGUAACAAUAACAACAGCAAUGCUAGUGAUCAAUGUGGCAAGAACAACAACAACACUUCAGCUCUCAACCUCAUGAAAGAUGGAUGGGACAAUAAUCCUCCAUCAGGGUCAUCCCCAACUGGGGUGCUUCAAAAAUCUGCAUUUGGAUCACUUUCCAAUAGCAGUGCUGGGAGCAGUCCAAGGGGGGCAGAGAACAACAAAGAAGGUGCCACCUUGUGCAAUGCCUUGUAAAGUACUUCAUACAAGAAGAAGAAGCCCCUUGCCCUUUGAAAUAUGAUGAAGCCAUGUUGGAGGAGGAAGAAGAUGAAAAGGACUUUGUUCUUUUGACUUCAAUUAUUAGUGAAGUUUAUAUAUAUAUGGUAAUGUUAGAAUUUGGAAAGAUGUGUUCGUGUUCAUGUUCAUGCUAAUUACCCUUGCCCUCAUAAUUUGGAUGUGUAGGUAAGGUUUUUUGUGUGGUUUGCUUGACUUGUAAUUUGUUUCUUUCUAUUAAUGCGUUUUUAGCAAAGUUUGUAUUCUACAAGUAAGUGAAUGAUUUUGGUUGGAGUGUGUGUGAACUUGGUUGUUUUUUUAAGGAGAUGAUGAUGAUGAUGAUGGUGAUCAGGUUUUGGGGCCCAAUUGUGGAGACCAUGAUCUUUCAUGACAAUAGUAAAUAUAUGUGACUAAUUCGUGGGA